CCCAUUGGCUCCGAGGAUUUUCGCCUGUUAUCCGGCCUCGGCGACUGGCAAAUUCUUCCUUCCCGGGUGGCCUCCCGGGCAGAGAAAUUGGUUCCGAAUCCAACGGAACCCCGCGCCGGGCGACGCUGCGUCACGUGGCCGGCGGCCCAUGACGUUCGGGCUGCGGGGCGUCCCCGUGACGUCCUGGAGACCUGUGCGGUGGCCUCCUCGCCUGCGCCGCCUGUGCGGCCUCGGCGCCGGCAUGGACCUGGGCCCGAUGCGCAAGAGUUACCGCGGGGACCGAGAGGCAUUUGAGGAGGCUCAUCUGACUUCCCUGGACCCCAUGAAGCAGUUUUCUGCCUGGUUCGAGGAGGCUGUUCAGUGUCCUGACAUAGGGGAAGCCAAUGCCAUGUGUCUGGCUACCUGCACCAGAGAUGGGAAGCCCUCCGCCCGCAUGUUGCUGCUGAAGGGCUUUGGCAAGGAUGGCUUCCGCUUCUUCACUAACUUCGAGAGUCGAAAGGGAAGAGAGCUGGACUCGAAUCCCUUUGCUUCCCUUGUCUUCUACUGGGAACCCCUAAACCGUCAGGUGCGUGUGGAGGGCUCCGUGAAGAAGCUGCCCGAGGAGGAGGCCAAGUGCUACUUCCACUCCCGCCCCAAGAGCAGCCAGAUCGGGGCUGUGGUCAGUCACCAGAGUUCUGUGAUCCCAGACCGGGAGUAUCUGAGAAAGAAAAAUGAGGAGCUGGAGCAGGUCUACCAGGAACAAGAGGUGCCGAAGCCAACUUACUGGGGGGGCUACAUCCUGUACCCACAGGUGAUGGAGUUCUGGCAAGGCCAGACCAACCGCCUGCAUGACCGGAUUGUCUUUCGCCGGGCCCUGCUCACAGGAGACUCCACUUUGGGGCCCAUGACCCACCGUGGGGAGGAAGACUGGCUCUAUGAGAGACUUGCGCCCUGACUCCCAAACUGCCGUGGACUGGAGCUGGGGCCCGGUGCUCGGAGAGGGUGUGGGAUCUGAUCUGGAGCCAGGCCCUUCUGACCUCAUCCCAUUUUCCCCCCAGCCCCAUAGAUGUAGGGCCCUUCAGGGUUCAUGCCGAGCCCCCUGUACUCUCAGUGGAGUGUCACUAAGAGUGUCACAGUAGAGCCACAAAUGGAAAAAUAAUCCCCAGUCAUUAUUUUUCUUGAGCUUAACUAUGGUUCAUUGGACUAGCACCCUCUAGGGGUCGCAGCUGCAGUGAUUCCCUCUGUUGACACAUGGUGGGUGCUCAGCAGCCCUGUUGUUGCCACAUGACCUGGUCGUGCUGGCCAAGGCCGAGUGAUCCCAGCACAGAACACCUGAGCCAGUUUAAUUGAUCGGUUCUUCUUUUCAACAAUUUGAACUUUGAAAUCGAGAGACCCAGAGUUAUUGUAGCCAAUCAUUAAUGACGGACAAGGAGCAACAGCCUCUGGCUGCCAUUCUUGUAAUUCCCUGAGCAGCCCGGAUCCUUCUUUCCCACAUCUGGGCUGUGCAGUUCCUCCUCCUGACUCAAAACAUCCAUUCUCUCUAAAAUAAAAUUUAUUUUGACCUAAACUAGCCAGAAUUAUGUUCUGUUACAUGCAACUGAAAGAACUAUAACUAAACUCAUUGACUAAUAGAAUAUUUUAAUAGCUCUUACCCUACUGAUAGCUGCCUUCCAUUAGCUGAAGCACAGCAAUGUGGAAAAGAAUUUAACUUUAUUCUCCAUAGCUCCAAAGGACCUCUAGGUGGAAGAUGCAUAGACAUAGAUUUUAUCUCAAUAUGGAGAGAGAUCUCAACUUUACACUUUACACUUUACAUAGAUUUUAUCUCAAUAUGGAGAGAGAUACAGGAGUUUUAUACAGAGAUUCUUGUGUGGGUAUCUCUCGGCCCAGAAAAUUUAAUCAAGCUUUGCUUCCCAUGUUUGUUUAUGACAGUUAUAUGUGUGUGUAUGUAUAUAUGCACAUAUAUCAUUUCCUGAGUGUAAAGUGUAAUCACAGAGAUUAUGCCUUUCUGCCUACUCACACACUCCCUGCCCACACUGCCCACCUCUGCAGGUGAUGACUCCAGAUCACCUGUUUUCACCUACACUGGAAUUACCUGGGGAGCUUUAAAAAUCCUGGUGCCUGGGUCCCUCCCUCAGAGAUGCUUUAACCCAUCUCAGUGCAGCCUGGGCUUUGGGACACUUAAAUGCUCCCAGGGAAUUCACUGCCGUGAAGGCCGAGAGCCCGUCUAGAUGUUGCCACUCAGUGUGGGCCACAGGCCAGGGGCAUCAGCAUCACUUGGGUGCACCCUUCCCACAGCCACCGACUCCUGUUCUGCUUCUAACAAGACCCCCAAUGACCAGAUGCACCUCUCAGCCUCUGAGACUCCCCCCUCCCCCCACCCCCUCACACCUGGACUCUCCACCAACCCUCAGCUGAGCUGUGUUUGCCUCCCUUGAGCACAAAUCUGGUGACCAGGAGCCCCUGGGGUGAGCAGCUACUGGCUGCAGAGGGGGGCCAGGCUAGACAAACAUUUGCUGUGACCAAACCAGGAUCAGAGAUCUGACCAUUCUGUGUGCUUGCUGGCAUUGAACUUACUACUCUAAACCGGGCUUCAUUCCACCGUGGGGCGUGUGUUCCAGCGGCUGUUACUGACAGGCUCCUCCAAGGGCGGCCCUUUGGGUGUUGAUCCCCCUCCCUUAACCCUGAGUGCAGGAAGGCGCAAUGCCAACCCUGUGUCUGUCCGCAGGAGAGGGUGCUGGGUGUCCCCUGCCUUGUCUGUUGCUGUUACUGGAGACUGUAAGCCCCCUCCAUCCCCCUCACCCCUGCUUUGAGCCUGAUCUCAGCUGUUUCUUUCCUGUUCUCUGUCCAUCAGUCACUGUGCCAAGUCUGUAAUAAAAGGCUACCAGCCAUGUGUGAUUUUAAUGUUCAAUCUCGUCUGGUCUUGUCCCCAAGCUUCCCAUGAGGAGUUGGGGGAUUUAAGCGCCUCCUCCUCAAGGCUUCUCUCCGAGGAGGUUGGGUGUCCAGCA